GGAACAAAAGGCAUUAGAUUCUAUUCUCCAAUAUAUUUUUUGCUUUCCAUUCCAUUCCCAUACAAUUAAUAAACCCUCAACUGCUCCACACAUACCCCUCCCUUCUCUUUCAACCUUCCAUUUUCCAUUUUAACUAUCACUCUCUCUCUCUCUCUCUCUCUCACACACACACACAGACACGCACACAGACACAGAAGUCAGCCCUAAACAAAGUAUUGGUUUCUUUACUUGUUUCACAACGUAGAAUACCUACCUGCACAUUCUGGCCCUUCUGUACGAGACUUCACACUAAGUGAGAAUUGUGGGAUUUUGGAGAAGUGAUGGAGGAGGUGACGCUGAACCGUUCUUCGCUAACGUACGCAGGGGGGCCUCUUUCCUCCCUCCUCCUCCUACUGGUCAAAGCUCAUCUGCUCUACCUAUUACAGUUCCAAAAUUCUGGGAAAUUGUUGAUGGUGAGCACAACCGGCGCCCAACCCGAAGCAGUGGAUGCCGAGGGAGGAGACAAAGAUGAUGAUAAUGAUGAUGAUGGUGACAACGGGACCGGAGGUGAUGGUGAUGGUGAUGGCGACUUUUCCGAAGAGGAUGGAGCCCACGGGAAUAAUCCCAAUAGCAACGGCAACGCCAAGAAGGGCCAUGGAGCUAGUGAAGAGAAUGGAGAAGAAGACGACGAUGAAGAUGAUGCUGCCAAUGGAAACAAUGACGAUGAUGACAACGAAAAUGAUGAUGAUGAUGACGACGACGACGAUGAAGAUGAUGAUGACGGUGAAGAUGGAGACGAGGAAGAGGGCGUGGAAGAAGAGGAGCCGGACGAUGAUGAAGAGGAAGACGAAGACGAAGACGAGGAACUUCAGCCUCCUAAGAAGAGAAAGAAGUGAAGCAUUUAACACCUACAAAGCCUGCUUUUAGUACCAUUUUAAAACUUAAUCCCAAUUCUGCCUAUCUCAUUAGCGAGAACUCCUUAAUUAGAUCCUUUUUUUUCCCGCUUGUUAUGAAUUUCUUGUCCUACUUUUAUCGUACUGGAGCCAGGGAGUAUCUCUUGGAACACUUAUAUAUUUUCGCAACACUUCACUUACUUUUGCUUCAAAGCCGUUAUUUAGA